UUAAUUUUUGUUUUGUUUUGCUGUUUGUUUGGUCCUUUCGUGGUACUGAGAAGAAACCUAGAACCUAGCACAUGCUAGGCAAUACUCUACUACUGAUCUACCUCCCUAGCUUGGAUGAACUCUCUGUGAAGUACUGGUGCCCAGUGUGUGAAAUAGUACCAUUAAGUGUUUAAGAAGAAAAGAGUGAGUAUCUCUGUUCCUCCAAAUUUGCCAAACAGGAAGAAUCUGCCAGCAGAAUGUUUUUGGAGUCCCUUGAACAAAGGGUUCCAAGGGACAGCACUGUCACACGGGAGACCCUCCGGUGCGGAGGGCCCAUGUGCUGAGUCUCAGGCUGUGAUGUGGUGGUUUCAAUUCUCUCCUAUUUCCCGUAGGAUCAUGGCACAUCAACUUGACCUUCUCAUAGGUGUGAUCCUCAUGGCCAGUCCUGUGUUGGAAAUGUCUCCCUGUUCCUCUGACGGCCGGAUAGCCUUAUUCCGAGGCUGUAACCUUACCCAGAUCCCCUGGGUCCUCAAUACCACCGAGAGGCUCCUUCUCAGCUUCAACUCUAUCAGUGUGGUGGUUGCCACAUCAUUUCCGCUCCUUGAGCAGCUCCUUCUGCUGGAACUGGGGACCCAGUAUGCUGACUUGACCAUUGGCCAGGAGGCCUUCAGAAACCUGCCCAAUCUUAGGAUCUUGGACCUGGGGCUAAGCCGGAUUGAAGUCUUGAGUGUGGAUGCUUUUCAGGGACUGCCCCACCUCUUGGAACUCCGGCUGUUUUCUUGUGGGCUCUCCGAUGCUGUGUUAAGGGAUGGUUACUUCAGAAAUCUAAAUUCGUUAGCUCGCUUAGACCUGUCUAGCAACCAGAUCCACAGCCUUCGCCUCCAUUCUUCAUUUCAGGAACUGAAUUCCUUAAUCGACAUAGAUUUUUCUUUCAACCAAAUACUCACUUUAUGUGAAGAUGAACUCAAGCCUCUGCAGGGCAAAACACUGUCUUUCUUUGGCCUCAAAUCAACUAGCCUCUUUAGCAGAGUCUCUGUGGUCUGGGAGACAUGCAGGAACCCUUUCAGAGGUGUGAACCUAGAAACUCUAGAUCUUUCUGAAAAUGGCUGGACAGUGGCCAUCACCAGGAACUUCAGCAACAGCAUCCAGGGAAGCCAGAUUUCCUCUUUGAUUCUUAAACACCACAUCAUGGGUUCUGACUUUGGCUUCCAAAACAUCAAAGAUCCUGACCAGAGCACAUUUGCCAGCCUGGCCAGGAGCUCAGUGCUACAGCUGGACCUGUCACAUGGAUUUAUCUUUUCCCUGAAUCCCCGACUGUUUGAGACACUGAAGGAUUUGAAGAUUCUGAAUCUUGCCUCCAACAAGAUAAACAAGAUCGGAGAUAAUGCAUUUUAUGGCCUUGACAGCCUCCAGAUCCUCAAUCUAUCCUAUAAUCUUUUGGGAGAACUCUAUAAUUCCAACUUCUAUGGGCUUCCUAGAGUAACCUACCUUGACCUUCAAGGGAACCACAUUGGGAUCAUUCAGGACCAAACAUUCAGAUUAUUAAAUACAUUACAAACCUUAGAUCUCCGUGACAAUGCUCUUAAAACCAUUGGUUUUAUUCCAAGCAUACAGAUGGUCCUCCUGGGUGGGAAUAAGCUGGCCUAUUUGCCACACAUCCGCUUUACAGUCAACUUCAUAGAGUUAUCUGGAAACAGGCUAGAAGAUCUGUUUGACCUCUACUUCCUCCUGCAGGUCCCUCAGCUCCAGUUUCUCAUCCUAAAUCAGAAUCGCCUUUCAUCUUGCAAGGCCGUCCACGCCACUUCAGAGAACCCAAGCUUAGAGCAGCUUUUCCUUGCAGAGAAUAUGCUACAGCUUGCCUGGGAGACCGGCCUCUGCUGGGAUAUUUUUAAAGGCCUUUCCCGCCUCCAGAUCCUCUACCUGAAUAAUAACUACCUUAAUUUCCUUCCACCUGGAAUAUUUAAGGACCUGGUUGCGUUACGGGUGCUCAGUCUCAGUGCUAACAAGCUGACCGCGCUCUCUCCGGGCAGUUUACCUGCUAACUUAGAGAAUCUCGAUAUAUCUAGAAAUCAGCUUUUCUCUCCUGAUCCCGGUCUGUUUUCUUCGCUUCAUGUCUUGGACAUAACUCAUAACGAGUUCGUCUGCGACUGUGAGCUUAGCACUUUUAUCCUCUGGCUCAACCAAACCAAUGUCACCCUGUUGGGCUCUCCUGCAGACGUGUAUUGCAUGUACCCUAACUCGCUGCUAGGGGGCUCCCUCUACAAUAUAUCCACCCAGGACUGCGAUGAAGAGGAAGCCAUGACAUCCCUAAAGUUUUCCCUUUUCAUCCUGUGCACAGUCACUUUGACUCUGUCCCUCAUCGUCACCCUCAUAGUCAUAAAGUUGCGAGGGGUCUGUUUCCUGUGUUAUAAGACCAUCCGGAAGCUGGUGUUCAAGGACAAGGUCCAGAAUUUGGAAUCUGGUGCAUCCAGAUAUGAUGCCUACUUCUGCUUCAGUAGCAAAGACUUUGAAUGGGCACAGAAUGCUUUGCUCAAACACCUGGACGUUCACUACAGUUCCCGAAACAGGCUUAGGCUGUGCUUUGAAGAAAGAGAUUUCAUUCCAGGGGAAAACCAUAUCUCCAACAUCCAGGCGGCCGUCUGGGGCAGCAGAAAGACAGUGUGCCUAGUGAGCAGACACUUCCUUAAGGAUGGCUGGUGCCUGGAAGCCUUCAGGUAUGCCCGGAACCGGGGUCUGUCUGACCUCAAGAGUGUUCUCAUCGUGGUGGUGGUGGGAUCGCUGUCCCAGUAUCAGCUGAUGAGACAUGAGACCAUCAGAGGGUUUCUGCAAAAGCAGCAGUACCUGAGGUGGCCUGAAGACCUCCAGGAUGUGGGCUGGUUCCUCGAUAAGCUCUCUGGGUGCAUACUAAAGGAAGAAAAAGGAAAGAAGAGAAGCAGUUCCAUUCUGUUGCGAAGCAUACGGACAGUUUCCUAGCGGGUGGAGCUCUGUGCAAGCACUGUAAUUAACUCCACACUGUGUGUAUGGCCGUUGGGGGUCCUUCCCGGGGUAAGGGCCUCUUUUUUGACUACAAAAACAGCAUCAAUCUCUUGAUUUUCGUGUCAACAGGGUGCUUUGUCUCGAUGACCUCCAAAUGCGGAAGUAGCAGGUCCAAGAACAGCAGCUGCCUCUAAGGGCUCCCACCUGCCAUUGAUUUCCUAUCAGGCCCAAUAACUGUUUCCUUCCAUCCUGUUGGGGACUGCCCACAAUCCAGACGGUGAGGGCACCUUGAGAGGACACCUUGAGAGAAGUUACAGGUGGCUUCAUGCUUUUAAAAGCAGACAGCUUGAGG